CAUGCAAACUUUCACACAAACACACUGAAUAAUGGCUCCGUUUCUAAUCAUCGUAACCGCCAUUCUCGCCGCCGCAACCGUCGCCGUCAAUGGCUGCUCUCCGGCAGACCGUGCGGCGCUUCUAGCCUUCCGGAAAGAACUCACCGAACCUUACCUCGGCGUCUUCGACUCAUGGUCCGGCGAUAACUGCUGCGUCAACUGGUACGGCGUCAGCUGCGACUCCACCACCGGUCGCGUCACCGACGUCAACCUCCGCGGCGAGUCAGAGGACGUGAUAUUCGAGAGCACCGGCCGCUCCGGCUACAUGUCAGGCAAAAUCUCGCCGGCGAUUUGCAAGAUCGAGCACCUCACCACACUCAUCGUCGCCGACUGGAAAGCCAUCUCCGGCGAGAUUCCUCCCUGUAUCACCUCACUCUCCUCCCUCCGCAUCAUGGACCUCAUCGGAAACCAAAUCUCCGGCCAGAUCCCAACCGACAUAGGGAAGUUACAGCGGCUCACAGUGCUGAACCUCGCUGACAACGCCAUCUCCGGCGAGAUUCCACCUUCAAUCGUCAACCUCGCUUCUCUCAAGCACCUCGAUCUCAGCAAUAACCGUCUCUCCGGCGAGGUCCCCGCCGAUUUCGGGAAACUCACCAUGCUCAGCCGCGCGUUGCUGAACCGGAACCAGCUCAGCGGUUCAAUUCCGGUUUCCAUCGCGAAAAUCUACCGGCUCGCGGACUUGGAUUUGUCUGCGAACCGGUUCACCGGUUCGGUUCCGGCUGAGUUUGGAAGAAUGCGGGUUCUUUCGACCCUGAAUUUGGAUAGUAACUCGCUUUCGGGUCAAAUACCUUCAACUUUGUUAAGCAAUUCGGGUAUGGGUAUCUUGAAUUUGAGUCGAAACGGGUUGGAGGGUACCAUACCCGAUGUUUUUGGUCCGAAUUCGUAUUUCAUGGCUUUGGAUUUGUCGUAUAACGGGUUACAGGGUCGGGUACCCGGUUCGUUGUGUUCCGCGAAGUAUAUCGGGCAUUUGGAUCUUAGCCAUAACCACUUAUGUGGAUCAAUUCCAAUGGGAGAACCCUUUGAUCACCUUGAAGCGUCGUCGUUUAGUAGCAAUGAUUGUUUGUGCGGGAACCCGUUGAAGACUUGCUAGUAGUGUGUGUGACCCGAAACCCGAAUUAAGAACCCGAUUUGUUGUAUGAUGAUUUAUCACGUAGCUAAAGUGUGAUUUUUCAAUUUAAUAGUAGUGUUUUGUUAUGUUGUUUAAUUAUUAAUGUAAUAUUGAAGUGCUAAAGUUGAAUUAAUGGACGUGCAUAUAUAGUAGUAGUAUCAAUAAUGUGGCUUUCAAAGGAAAGAAUUUAUGUUUAAUUGGGAAGAGGGUCAAGCUUGUUUUGAUUUUUCUCUUUGUUGCAUACUUGCAUGUGAUGAUGAAGGAGCAAUUGUAUGUUCGUGGGCUGAUGCUUGUGUUGUGACUGGUGUGUUUUAUUAAGGACUUAAUUUGGUGAAGAUUGGCUUGUUGGUGCGUGUCUGGUUGCAGUUCUACAUUAUUGUUGAGGGGCUUUGAAGGAGAGUUGCAUCACCUUGUGUAUUAGUGUGUAGGAUUGGACUAGGUGGGUGCUGUUGGGUUAUAACUUAUAAUAAGAAUUGUAAUUUUGAUGCUGUUUUAGUUUUGUUUUAGCUUGUUUC